GACUCCUCGCCCGGCUCGCCAGCCCUGUCUUCCCACGCCGCCACCCGCCCGCCGCCCGGCAUGGCCCUGCAGCAAACAGGUAAGAAGACGCGGGAAGAGCCUGUGCCGCAGAAGGCCGCAGAGGGCUCGUCGUCGCUGAGCUCGUCGUCGCCGGGCUCGGCGGCGGUGCACGCAGACGGCCCGCAGCCUCCCAAGAAGCCCAAGCGGACGGUGGUGCGGCGCUCACUGGUGGACUACCUGAAGGGGCGCGAGGUGGGCGCGCGGGGCCGCGCGGGGCUCUCAGGCUUCGAUAGCGAGCUGCAUGGCCUCGCGGUGCGGAAGCUGCCAGAGCUGCUGCAGGAGCGCGAACUGUCCUUGGGCGCCAUGGACAAGGUGUUCGCGUCGCAGUGGCUGAACGCCAGGCAGGUGGUGUGCGGUACCAAGUGCAACACGCUCUUCGUGGUGGACGUGCAGUCCAGCCAGGUAACGCGCAUCCCCCUCAUGAGGGAUCGUCGGCACUCGCCGGCCCACGCCCAGCAGGGCUGCGGCAUCCAUGCCCUCCAGCUGAAUCCCUCCAAGACGCUGCUGGCCACCAGGGGUGAGAACCCCAACAGCCUGGCCAUCUACUGGUUGCCAACGCUGGAUCCCUUGUGCCUGGGCGACGACGGCCACAAAGACUGGAUCUUCGCCGUCGACUGGAUGAGCGACACGGUGGUGGUGAGCGGCUCCCGCGAAGGCACCUUGGGCAUCUGGAAGAUAGACCCCGACAUAUUCCGGAGCAGCAUGGCCUGGCACCCUGGUGCAGGGCUCUCCGUGUAUGCCCACAUCCGUCCCAUGGAAGUGGAGGAUGUCCCCAGGGCCGACAUCAACCCAGGUAACUGCAAGGUGCGAGCUGUGGCCUUCGGCGCCAAGAGGCAGGAGCUGGGAGCCGUGACCAUGGAUGGCUACUUCCACCUGUGGAAAGCCCAGAAUACCCUGUCCAGGCUGUUGUCCAUCAGACUGCCUUACUGCAGAGACAACGUGUGCCUGACCUACUGCGAUGAGUUGUCCCUGUACGCGGUAGGCUCCCAGUCCCAUAUCUCUUUCCUGGAUCUGCGCCAGGAUCACCAGAGCAUCCGGUAUCUGUGCUCCCGCGAGGGCAGCACGGGUGUGCGCUCCCUGAGCUUCUAUGAGCACAUCGUCACCGUGGGCACCGGCCACGGCUCUCUGCUCUUCUAUGACUUCCGCGCGCAGAAGUUCCUGGAGGAGAAGGUCUCUGACAGCCAGCGCUCCUCUCCGCGGCCCACAGGGAAGAGGUUCAGGCUGAUCUGUGGCAGAGGCUGGCUCAACCAAGAUGACCUGCAGAUGAACUACUUCAGUGCCUUGGGCGAGUUGCCUAAUGCUCUCUACACCCACUGUUACAACUGGCCGGAGAUGAAGCUCUUCGUCGCUGGCGGCCCUCUUCCUUCAAGCCUCCGUGGGAACUAUGCAGGCCUCUGGAGCUAAGGAUGGCCGCCCUGUCCUCAAAGUGCCCAGAUUUACCUUCCGGUCCCCUCGCGCUUUUCUCCUUUGCCCUGUGUUUGUGCUUCUGAGUCUGUGUGGCUUUUAUCUUUCAGAUUAAAAAAAUCCAGUUUACCUCUGCUUAGGGUAUUAGGCAAAGAGAGAUGGCGACCUAGAGA